AUCCAUUGCAUGGUAGUUUUGAUCUCAAUACUAACGGGCGCGCAGGGCAUCAUAGCCUCCUCGACCGGUCUUCUGCUCAAAACCCUUGGUCUCAAGGUGUCCUCGAUAAAGGUCGAUCCAUACCUGAAUGUCGAUGCUGGUACCAUGAACCCGAAGGAGCACGGCGAGGUGUUCGUUCUCUCCGACGGUGGUGAAGUCGACCUCGAUCUCGGCAACUACGAGCGCUACCUUAACAUCACUCUGACCCGCGCGAAUAAUAUUACCACGGGCAAGAUAUAUGAUCAUGUCAUCAAGCGUGAGCGCAAGGGCGACUAUUUGGGCAAAACGGUCCAAGUGGUGCCUCACAUAACCGAUGCAAUUCAAGAAUGGAUAGAGAAAGUAGCCCGUAUCCCCGUUGACGACACCAAUGAGGAACCAGACGUCUGCAUCAUAGAGCUUGGUGGCACAGUUGGCGAUAUUGAGAGCAUGCCUUUCAUUGAGGCUAUGACACAGCUCCGCCGUCGUGCUGGCAGGGACAACUUUUUGCAAAUUCACGUCUCGUACGUGCCCGUUAUCAACGGCGAACAGAAAACAAAGCCCACCCAGCAAGCUAUCAAGGCAGUCCGUAGUGCGGGCCUCGUUCCUGAUCUGAUUGCUUGUCGCUGCGAAAUCGCUCUCGAUCGCGGUGCUAUUGAGAAGAUUUCCCACUUCUGUCAGGUUGAUUUCGAGCAGGUUGUCAUGGUUAGGGACAUGCCAUCCAUCUACCAAGUCCCAAUGCUCCUCGAGCAACAAGGCAUGAUUCCGCUCUUAAAGAAGAUUCUAGCCCUUGAUAAUAUCAACAUCUCCGAGUCUCACAUCACCAAAGGGAGGAAAACCUGGACUCAGUGGAACGCCUUGACUGGUUCCGAUAUCCGCUUCCAGGAUAAAGUCACUAUAGCCCUGGUCGGAAAGUACAUUGAACUUCAUGACUCAUACCUCUCCGUUCUCAAGGCCCUCGAGCACAGCGCCAUGCGCUGUGAGCGGAAACUGGACUUGCGCUGGAUUGACUCAGAACAUCUGGAAUCUAAGACCCGCGAGACGGACCCUGCAAAAUUUCACAAAGCAUGGCACGAUGUCUGCACCGCUCAGGGCAUUCUGGUGCCCGGUGGUUUUGGACAGCGCGGUACAGAAGGCAUGAUCCAAGCCGCUAAAUGGGCACGCGAGAACAAAACUCCGUAUCUUGGAGUUUGCUUGGGCAUGCAGGUUGCUGUGAUUGAGCAUGCACGCCACGUGUGCGGUAUCACGGAUGCCACAUCUGGUGAAUUCAACGGCGAGGCCGCCAACAAGCUCAUCAUUCACAUGGCAGAGAUUGACAAGGAGACCAUGGGGGCUACGAUGCGUCUUGGCCUGCACCCUACACGAUUCCAAGAAGGCAGCGAGUGGUCACGUCUUCGUGCUUUGUACGCCGGCAAGACUGAGAUUCUCGAGCGCCAUCGUCACCGUUACGAAGUCAAUCCCGAGUAUAUCGGCAGGCUUGAAAAAGGCGGUCUCAGCUUCAUCGGUAAGGACGAGGAAGGUGUACGUAUGGAGGUAGUCGAGAUCAAGGACCACCCUUGGUUUGUCGGCGUUCAGUUCCACCCCGAGUACCUGUCGCGCGUCCUCGACCCUAGUCGUCCAUAUCUUGGGUUCGUAGCUGCCAGUGCCGGAAUACUAGCCGAUGUAACCCGUAAUUACCAGAACGGGGUACCGAGUGGAGCUGAAGGUAUUGCUAAUGGCAUCGACAGCCUGUCUCUCAACGGGGAUUCAAACCUCUUCUGA